UUACCAAAGAUAAAAAAAACACAGGUUCACAAAGGCCACUUGUUUCUUCCAAAGAGCAAAAAUGGCAACCUGCUUCUUCUCUUUUCCAAAUUCCUUCCCUUCUAAACCCAAAUCCCACAAAAGACCCAUCCAUUAUUCUUCCCUCACAUCUCAAUCCCAAAAAACCCAUCUUCUCAACCUGAUUUCAGACCAAGAACGUGGUCUCAGGACUCAAUCUGACCCCCAAAAGCUUUCACAAAUAAUCCAGGCUAUUGAUGAUUUGGGUUCCAUUGGACGUGACACUGUAACUACUGGACGUUCCCUUUCGGCCACUUGGCGUUUGCUUUGGACUACCGAGAAAGAGCAGCUUUAUAUUAUUAAGAAUGCCCCCUUUUUUGGUACUAAAGCUGGUGAUGUUCUUCAGGUUAUUGAUGUUGUGAAUAAAACUCUUAACAAUGUGAUUACUUUCCCACCUGAUGGGGUUUUCUUUGUUCGGUCUACUAUUGAAGUUGCAUCUUCUCAGCGUGUGAAUUUCAGAUUCACAAGUGCAGUUCUGCGUGGAAAAAAUUGGGAAUUUCCUCUACCUCCAUUUGGACAAGGGUGGUUUGAGACUGUGUACCUUGAUGAUGAUAUUCGAGUAGUCAAAGAUAUCAGGCAAGACUACCUGAUUGUUGAACGUGCUCCUUAUACUUGGAAAGAAUGAUUGUCGGAUUUGUCUUCUGCUAUCUCUGUACAUAAAUUUUACUUUGUAGAUGUGCUGGAAGAUUCUUCCAAUUGUUGUUGAAUUUUGCUGAAGAGAGCGUCUAAAUCUACGUCUUCAUUGCUAUCAACGUUUUAGCCUUCUCCCGCUAGACAUGUGGCAUCAUCCUCAUCGUUGGUAUGACUUGCUGAAGCCAUGGAGAUAUCAUCCUUAAUAUCAAUAUCCAGAUUUUUCAUUAAAUCCUUUUUAACUUCUUCCAUGUAUAAGGCUAUAGCCUCUG